AAUUGAGACCCAGGACAUGAAAACUGACAGUUGAUUGUUUGAGGGGUACAAGUAAAGAAUAGAAUAGUUGUUUAAAUAUUGAAAUAAUUCUAUAGGAUACUGACACUUAUUUCAUUGUAUGUUUUUGGAGUUUUUCACAAAAAGUGUAAAGAAAUCUCAGCUAGAUACCAAAUAUUGACUGUCAUGAUCAUUACUCGCUUUCUAUCAGUCUAAAAAGUUUCAGGAAAAACCAAGGAUUAAAGUGCUGAAGGAGAGAAAGAAAAAUGGCUUCUGUUUCGGUAUCUUUUUGUUUACUGGUGACAUUUUUGUUUUGUGUGCAAUGCCAAGAUCUUUCUUACAAUCUUCUAGAGGAACAAAAUAAGGACACGUUUAUUGGAGAUGUAAAAACUGAUGCCAAUCUCAGUAUUCCUACAAACGAUGCCAGUGAUGUGACAUUUAGUUUUAUCAAAACGGAUAACAAGUAUGAGGACUUAUUCCAUAUCAACGAGAGACAAAGUUCUUUGUACACAGCCCAGAAACUUGAUCGUGAGACCAUCUGUCCAUACCAGGCAGUCUGCAUCCUUGGGUUAGAAGUCAUAGCUAAAGGUACGAAAGUUAGUUUUUAUCAGAAAAUCAAAGUUUCGGUUCAUCUUAUCGAUGUAAAUGAUCACAGUCCUACAUUUUCAGUAUCAAGUAUCAGUAGUGAUAUUUCAGAAGGGGCUCUUGUCGGUACAUCCAUUCACAUCUCUGAUCAGGGUGCCGAGGACCAAGAUUACGGCAUAUUGGGUGUACAGACCUACCGAAUUGAAGAUCCUACUGGAACCUCACCAUUCAAAGUGAACUUCACAAAGAACGUUGAUGGCACGACAAAUGUCAAACUGAUUUUAAUCAAAUCUCUAAAUAGAGAGGACAAAAGUUUUUAUAAUUUAAGAAUAAUUGCUGAAGAUGGAGGAACACCGAAAAAGUUUGGUUCAAUACAAGUGACAAUCACUGUUACAGAUAUCAAUGAUAACUCACCGACAUUUUCACAAACUAUGUACAACGUAACUAUUAACGAAGAUCAUCAAGUUAACUCUUCAUUUCUUAACGUUUCGGCUUCAGACUCAGAUUUGGGAGUCAAUGGUGAAGUGUUUUACGAACUUAGUCCAAGACAAGAGAAGAAAAAUUUGGAACUAUUUGAUAUUGAUCAAAAUACUGGAAAUUUAAAAGUUGUGGCUUCUUUAAUUUAUGAGUCAAAGGAAUAUUAUACUAUUGUUGUAGAAGCAAUUGAUAGAGGUCAGCAAGCAAGAAAAACACAAGUUAAUGUGUACCUCCACGUUAAUGAUGUUCAUAAUAAUCCACCACAAAUAAACAUAAAUCUCCUGUCAAACGCAGACUUUGCCGAAAUUUCUGAGGAUGCCAAUCUUGACACGGCUGUCGCUCACAUUACAGUAUUUGACCCUGAUAAUGGCUUGAACGGAAUAGUAGAAUGUUCUUCAUCUAGUGACGUGUUUAAACUACAAAGAUUUGAUGUACACGAAUAUAAAGUGGUUAUCAAAAGUCCUCUAAACAGGGAGACUAAGCCAGAACAUCAAGUUUUAGUAAGCUGUCAUGACAAAGGUGUGCAAGCUAUGACUUCGACAGCAGAAUUUAUAGUCAAAGUCUUAGAUGAAAAUGACAACAUACCAAAGUUCACCCAGGAUACUUAUACAGUAAGCAUACAAGAAAAUAACAAUAGAGGAACAACACUUUUGAAAGUGUCUGCCAACGACUUCGACUCUGGUAAAAAUGCUGAACUGACAUACAGUAUGUCAUCUGUGGCUAGGUACGAAUUUCAUAUUGACUCAUUGAGUGGUCAGAUAUCGGUCUUGUCAAUUCUUGACCGCGAAUCAACAGAGAAACUUACUUUCACAGUUUUUGCUACAGAUGCUGGAUCUCCCAAUUUAACCGGAAGUGCUGAAGUUGUUGUCACAGUUUCGGAUGAUAAUGAUCAAGCUCCACAAUUCAUCGAAGCACACCCCGUCUUUUCCGUCCCUGAAAAUUACGCAGCUUAUACUUCUAUUGGAAUUAUACAAGCUACGGAUGGUGACGAAGGUGAAAACAAAAGACUGACUUUCAAACUAGUCCCGAAUUAUUCUGUACCGUUUAUAGUUCAACCCAAUGGUACUAUUCAGACAACAGAACCAUUGGACAGAGAAAAUACAAGCACUUUCCAUUUUCAAAUAAUGGUAGAAGAUCACGGUAAAGUACCAAAAAGUAAUAUUACUGAUAUUACAGUUAAUGUUCUUGAUACAAAUGACAAUAAACCAUUAUUCAAAUUCCCAAACGGAAAUAAUAAUACAGUCAGCAUAUCAUACCAAACACAGCAACACACAGUCAUUGCAACCGUCUCAACAACUGAUGCCGACGACGACACCAAUGCACGUGUUACUUACUUUUUCAAAGAGAAAACAUAUUCAGGUAUGUUUCAACUAAACAGUCUGUCUGGUCGUAUAACUAUCGUCAGACAAUUAUCAGUGCACGAGGCUGGACGGUAUACCAUAACUAUAACAGCACAAGACGCCGGAACACCUCCAAUGAUCGCCGAACAAGUCAUAAACUUUGUAAUUACUACUCAGGAAUUAGGUGGACUUACCGCUAAUGACGACACUGAAGACGGCCGACAGUAUUUCCUAAUAGUAAUUGCAAUAUCUUGUGUCACUGUUGUAAUUGCGGUCGUAAUAAUUUUGACAAUUUGUCUGAUCAAACGAGCAGACCGACUCCGUCAGAAAUUCUUAGAUUCACAUAAGGACGAUACAGAUGGAGAUAGAGACACAAAGAAAAAAGUCAGUUUUUCCAACACUAUGAACAAUUUUGACCAGAUACCAAACAGUUCAGUAGACGGUGAUGACAAUGGACGCUUGUAUCCAGAACUUACCAGGAACACAUUGCCAAUUGAGUCGUCACUGAGUUUGUAUCCAGCAAUAGAUCUCCAUGGUAACCAGUUAAUUGAUAGAAACAAGAACCAGUUAUCAUCUCUACAGCUUCAGCAACAGCUACUGGAAACACAACACAAGAAUAGGAAACCUAUCAAUAUACUGUCAAAAGCAAAUUUAAAGAAAGUUGAUGGUGACGAUAACAGCGACUUGUCAGCAGAAGUAACUACCAGUGACAGUGGACGGGGAACCAGUGAACAUGAGGAUCUCAAUACCAGUACUGUGCUAUCUUAUUCCACGGAUUUCGAACAAUUGAAGCAAAAUCAACACAGAAAUUUCUCGCCAUUUUACCAAUCCAGCCCACGUGGUCGAGAACAGGCCAUCUGCACAACAACGAACUGUUCAAAUUUUUACCAACAACCAAAUUUCAAAAAUCUGACUAUGUCGUCUGACAACUUUUUUAAUUAUGAAAAUAGUGCAAAAGGAAUAUAUCCGAAAGGAAUUUCUCGGAAUACUUCUAUGACUAGUGGUCACGACGACAGUACUACGACAUCUGGAAGUUACGUCAUAGAUGACGAUGAUGAAUAUGUAGAUAUGGUUCGGCCUAGUAGACAAUGCAUUGUAUGAUAAAGUCCUUGGCGGGAGGAAACGAAGUACCAGCUUCAGAUGCCUCCGAACUAAUAGUGCUAUAACCAAAAUAUAAUACGUCGACGUCAUGAAUGGAAACGAGACUGUUUCAACUUUUAGUCGAGAUAAAACUGAAGAAAGCUGAUUUUUAAUCAGAAAGACAAAGGAUGGAACAGCUGAAGAAACAGAUCAUGUUUAAAGCUUUGUAUAAAACUUGUCGAACGUGGAUUGAAAAGACAUUUUUUAUUUGUGAAAAUUUUUGUGCCAAAUAUGUUAGUGCAAUAUGAAAUAAUAUAUGUGUUCUUAAUCGAAAUAUAUCAUAAUAGUCCCAAAUGAAUAUUGGUUUAUUUAUAUAUAUAUAUAU